GGGGGGUGUGAUGCCAUCUGCCAGCACCAUCAUGCUCAGAGCUGCUCCAGCCCUGCGCAACCACUGUGUUAAAAUCAGGUUUUACCAAGUGACUCAAGGAGAGUGGGUUGUUUCACAAUCAGCCCUGGUCUAUUUAUAAGCCUCUACUCAAAUGCCAAAGGAUCCUUUUAUUAGUCAAAGCACCUCCUGCAGAUGAGGCUUAGUGGGGCCUUUGCUUUUUGAGGUAAACCUCAAAGAAGAAGCUCUCUCCAGCCUCUUGUGAAUAGCAGAGCUGGCUCUCUGCAAGCUGCAAGGCAGUUUCGGAGCCGAGCCCCAUCCCAGCACUGCUGUCAGCAAGUGAGAGCCCUGGGACACUCGGUACACCCCAGGGUACCCAGUGAGCUAAGGUGAGUUAUCCAUCAACGAGGAAAGCAGUUGGGUUUAAAGCUACACAGCAGAGGUGCAGCAUGAUGGAGGUGCCCGGGUUCCUCCCAGAGCCAAAGGGAAGGAGAAGCUGGACUGCAAGGUGGAGGCAGGCAGCAGGCAGCCCAGAGGAGUCCCAAGGUGGGCCAAGGGCUCCUGGCAGCCCCCGAGAGCCAGCAGCACCAACCGCCCGCCCGACAGGGACGGGCCAGGCAGCUCGGACAGCAGGAGAGCAGAUCAAGAAAGGCCACAUUUUUGCACCCAGCUCCUCCCCCGCCAACACCCCACAGCUCGGUUUCGGAAACACCAAAAUGAUUCAGCAUCAAGGGACUCCUGCAUGCUUUGUGGGGGCAACGCCUCGCAUUUUAGUUGACUGAAUUGGCAGGCUCGACCCUCUGCCAUGCGGGAGCCAGCUCGGAGCCCUGCAGAAGAGAGGUGUGGGACUUCGCCACGGUGUACUUACUUGUUUUGCUUGUGCUUUUGUGCCAAGUCUGCCAGAGAUUCGUGCAAAGCACCAGUGGGACAAAAGUUACUCUGGAGGGGAAUGUGGGUCCCUUGCUCCUGCCAUUGCUGGGAGCACCUAUCACUGACCACAGCUGAGGGCACUGAGGGCUUGAGCAACAGACACGCACAGGGUAAGGUCCUCCAAGGACUGACCCUUCACUUAUACACUGAAAAACAAAUAAAUAGUUGAGUGAUGCUCAGGAACGUGACUAACUGUUUACGCCCAUGCGUGAUAACAUUAAAUAUUGGUAAAAACAAAGCAGCUCAUUGCCAGCUUUGUGUGAUGUCUGGCCAUGCCGCUAGGAGUAGGACCAGGACAAUGAUCAGCAGGGAAAAUGGGGUGAUGGCUGGGUCUAAGCCCACACUCCCAAAAGAGCCUGUGUCCUCUGGUUUGUGAUUUCCUUGCACAAACUUGCCUGGUUGCUGGGGAGAAGGAAAAAGAAAACCCAAAAAUGCUAGGCUGGAUGCCAGAUACUGGCCCCUUACCCAGAAGAUGAAUAAUAUUUUUUAAACUAAUGUAUUUAAAUUAACCGACUCAACACGCCUGGUCCUGUGACAUCCCUCCCAAGUGACGCUCAGGCCUAAAUAUGGCUCUAAACAGGAAUCAUCCCCACGGGAGUCACACUGGCUAUAAAUACAGCAACGGGAGCGCUGAGCAGAGGACGGGCUGCUGCUUCCUGCCAGCCGAGGAUGGUGAGGCAGCUCUGCUGGGCAGGCACCACAGCGGGGAAACCGAGGCAGGAGCUGCUGGGGGGGCUGCGACUCCCGGCUGCGCUCCCCUGCAUGCCUUUGUGACUGGCCCACAGCCCUGCCCCAGGAGGAGAUGGCCACUGAGAAGCCAGUGACUCUCACUGAGGAGCAGCUGGAGAUCCUGGAGUACAACUUCAGCAAGGUGAACAAACAUCCUGACGGCACCACGCUGUCCCUCAUCGCAGCCGAGACCGGGCUCUCUGAGGAGCAGACCCUGAAGUGGUUCAAGCAGCGCCUGGCAGAGUGGAGGAAGUCUGAAGGGCUGCCCUCAGAAAGCGGUUCUGUCAGGGACUAGAGGAUGCUGCUCCGAUCCCCAAGCCUGAUGUAAAUGAUGCUGAAGCUCUUCAGAGUGGGUUUCCUUGGGGUUCUUCUGUUGCAAUAGGUUUUGAGAUACAAAGUAAUACCCUGCUAUUUAACAUAAGUUUUAUUUAAAGUGUACAUAACCAGGAAAAAAAAUUAUAUAUAUAUAUAUCUAUGUGUGUGUAUACAGCUUCUGAUGGCUGCAUAACCUGUUUAGUGAUUUCCAUCCGUUAACAGCAGCUGCAGAGGGCAAGACAAUCUCAUGCCCUUGUCCCAGGCUUGCAGAAAAGCUGUCCUGAAAGAUUCAAACAUAGAAGUGCGGAAAAAAAGUUUCUUUUCCUUAUGAUCAAUAGAGGCAAAGUAUGUGUGCUAGCUUUAAUAUCAUCCAGAGAGGAGGGCAUCUGGAAAAGCAGAUGUUUUUCAGGUGAUCUUAAGUCAAGAUGCCUGAGUCAGCUCUGGAUAUUGGCAAAUCAGUGCCUACACCAUAACCAGACCAAGCCAAGCCCCCCUUGAACGUUCCUCACAUUUCUGUUAAAGGUCACCACAGGAAAAGAACUGGGCUUUUUUUUUUUUUUUUUCCCAAUGCAUUAAUAAAGAAAAAGUUUUUUUGGUGAAA